AUGGCUUCCCUGCAGGGGGCCAGGCCCCUGGGCCCCACCAACGCUCGCGACCGGACGUCCGAGUUCAUGGCCGUGGUCCAGCGCCUGCAAUCCUCGCAAGGCCCUAGUUCUUCAAAUAGACAGGAUCUUAUAGCCUCGCCCACGCCGGCAUCCCACUCCGCCUUCUCUCGCCACGCGGCUGCCAUCGGGCUGGGCAUCCACUCCACCAGCCAGAAGCUGGCGCAGCUCGCCGCGCUGGCGCGGCGCACCUCCAUGUUCGACGACCCCGCCCAGGAGAUAGGGGAGCUGUCCAGCCUGGUGAAGGCCGACAUCCAGUCCCUCAGCGCCGGCAUCGCGGAGCUGGCGGCCAUGUCGGCGGGCCCCUCGGCGGGGCCCAGCCGCCAGGCCGCCGACCACUCGCACACGGUGGUGGACAGCCUGCGCUCACGCCUCAAGGACGCCACCAAGGAGUUCAAGGACGUGCUGACGCUGCGCACCGACAGCCUGCGUGUGCACGCCGACCGCAGGAGCCUGUUCUCCGCCGAGGCUGAGCCCCGGUUUGGGCCCCCGCUGGGGGCCCAGGCCAGCUUCCUGCCCACCCAGUCUCGCCACCCCCUCGUGCAAAGGAGGAACGCCGGGCUGGAAAACGGGCAUCACCCCCCAGGCGACGCCCCCGCCGCCCCACCGCAGGCCCAGACCCAGCUGCUGGCGGUGGCGCCGCAGGACACCUACCUCGACUCGCGGGCGGGGGCGCUGCGCCAGGUGGAGAGCACCAUCACCGAGCUGGGCAGCAUCUUCCAGCAGCUGGCGCACCUGGUGGCGGAGCAGGGGGAGGUGGCGCUGCGCAUCGACGAGAACGUGGACGACACGCUGGCCAACGUGGAUGCGGGCCAGGCGCAGCUGCUCAAGUACUACGACACCAUCUCCUCCAAUCGCUGGCUCAUCCUGAAGGUGUUUGGCGUGCUCAUGCUCUUCCUUGCUUUCUUCGUCACCUUCAUCGCCUGA